GUACACUUUACAAAUUUCUAAAUAAAUUUAUAUGAAUAUAUUAGAAGUUCUCAAAACGGGUUCGAUAAUGGAUAGAGAUGUAGCUAACUACUCAGUUGAAGGUAGAAUUGGUGAAGGUGCCCACGGUCUUGUGUUCAAAGCAAGACAUAUACCUACAGGGCGCGAAGUCGCGUUAAAAAAGAUUUUAAUAAAAAACCUAGAAGAUGGUAUACCUAUAAAUGUUAUGCGUGAAAUUAAAGCUCUACAACUACUGCGAUGUAAAUAUAUAAUAAAAUUAUACGAAAUGUUUCCAAGGGGUAUGAGUUUGGUCUUAGUACUUGAGUAUAUGUGCUCAGGUCUAUGGGAGAUGUUGCAUCACAACCAACAGGAACUAACAGUUCCGCGCGUAAAAACAUACUCACAGAUGUUGCUUAAAGGGACGCGAUAUAUGCAUGCACAUUAUGUUAUGCAUAGGGACUUGAAGCCUGCGAACUUGCUUAUAAAUCACGAAGGUAUUUUGAAGAUAGCGGAUCUUGGACUAGCUCGAUUGUACUGGCCUGAUGGAGGAAGACCGUACUCACAUCAAGUAGCUACACGAUGGUACCGUGCUCCGGAGCUAUUGUACGGUGCUAGAUUCUACAGUGAAAAGAUUGAUUUGUGGUCUGUUGGCUGUAUUAUAGCAGAGAUGAUUACGAAGAAACCACUUUUUGCGGGAGAAUCUGACAUUGAACAGCUGGCGAUAGUACUCCAACACUUAGGUACCCCGACUGAGGAAACAUGGCCUGGACAUUCCAAGCUACCUGAUUACCAUAAAAUCACCUUCCCGGACUCCACGCCAACGCCCUGGUCUGAUCUCCUACCUGGCGUCGAAUCUGAAGCAAUCGAUCUUAUCAAAUCAUUCGUAUUGUAUAAUGCCGAUAGAAGAAUAUCCGCUAAAGAGGUUAGUACGAAUCUCUGA